CUCUCCGUUGGAGUGUGAAUCUGUGUCAUGCUCCGCCCCCUCCACUUCUGCACCUCAUGGGAUUAUUUGUGAGGAGUUUAAUAUGUAUUUUCAGGGUGUGUUUUGUAUGUUUUUUGUUACUCUGUGCCUCGGGUUGCAAUCUAUGGGGGGACACGGGAGGCGGAGGAGCCAUCUUUUAUAUAACCCAGUGCCACAUCUAGAUCCGCAGGAAGGUGUGGGUGCAGAUAAGCUGCCACCAUAGACGUCAAAUGGGCUUGGCCCUCCUCAUUGUGAACAUGUACGGUGGCCCAGACCGAGCAUGCAUGUGUGUCGGAAAGUCGGGAGAGAGCUGUCCAGCGACUGAAGGUGUACUGCCAGCUUUAACCCUUACAGCAUGGAGGGCACGGGUGGGGGUGCAGCACGGACUGUAAACUGUAUUCCGUACCAGUGGGAGUGGCGAGUGUGCGGUUGGUGUAUAUUGAAUCUGCGUGAUAUGGGAGUAUAUCUAUGUAUACAGGGUGUGGUCGGUGUGUACAGUGCCUUGAAAAAGUUUUCAUUCCCCUUGAACUUUUCCACAUUAUUUCACGUUACGCCCACAAACUUAAAUGUAUUUUAUUGGGAUUUUAUGUGACAGAUCAACACAAAGUAGCGAGUGUGUGUGUGACGUGCAAAGAAUGAUUUUCAACAUUUUUAAUAAAUAAAAAUCUGGAAGAUGUGGCGUGCAUUUGUAUCCAGCCCCCUGUACUCUGAUACCCCUAAAUAAAAUCCAGUCUGACCAAUUGCCUCUAGAAAUCACCUAAUUAGUACAUAGAGCCCACCUGUGUGUAAUUUAUUCUCAAUAGAACUCCAGCUGUUCUGUGAAGGCCUCAGCUUCUUGAAACCCAAGGAACACACAAGACAGGUCAGGGAUAAAGUUGUGGAGAGGUGUAAAGCAGGGUUAAGUUAUAAAACAAAAUAUAUCCAAAGCUCUGAACAUCUGACCAGAGCACUGUUCAAUCCCUCAUCCGAAAAUAGGAGUAUGGCACAACUGCAAACCUACCUGAGACAUGGCCGUCCACCUAAACUGACAGUCCAGGCAAGAGGCAUAUGGUCACUCAGGAGGAGCUGCAGAGAUCCACAGCUCAGGGGGGAGAAUCUGUCCACAGGACAACCAUUAGUCGUGUACUCUACAAAUCUGGCCUUUAUGGAAGAGUGUCCAUUUUUGGAAACGGUCAAACAUGUGGAAGAAGGGGCUUUGGUCAGAUGAGAUCAAAGUGGAAAUUUCUGGCCUAAAUACAAAACGCUAUAUAUGGCGGAAAACUAACCCUGCACACCACCCCUACUGUGAGACGUGGCGGUGGCAGCAUUGAGCUGGGGGGGGGGGGUUAUUCUUCAGCAGUGACAGGGAAGCCGGUCAGAGGUGAUGGGAAGAUGGAUGGAGCCAAAUGCAGGGCAAUCCUGGAGGAAAACCUGGUAGAGGCCUAAAAAGACUGGGACGGAGGUUCACCUUCCAGCAGGACAACGACCCCAAACAUCCAGCCAGAGCUGCAAUGGUUUAGAUCACAGCAUCUCAUGUGUUGGGUCAUAAUUCAGACCUAAAUCCAAUUGAAAAUCUGUGGCAAGACUUGAAAAUUUCUGUUCAGACGCUCUGCAUCCAAUCUGACUGAGCGUGAGCGCUCCUGCAAGAACGGCCAAAAAUGUCGGCCUGUAGAUGUGCAAAACUGGUGGAGACAUCCCCAAAGACUUGCAGUAGUAAUUGCAGCCAAGGGUGGUCCUACAAAGUAUUGACUAUGGGGGGAUGUUUGGUGCAGUGUGCAAAAAUGUGGAAAAGUUCAAGGGGUGUGAAUACCCAAGCCGGUGUAUCCGGCCGGUGUAUACAGUCUGGGGUCGGUGUGUGUGGUGUAUACAGUGUAUCCGGUCUGUGUGUGCAGCGUGUAUCCGGCCGGUGUAUACAGUCUGGGGUCGGUGUGUGUGGUGUAUACAGUGUAUCCGGUCUGUGUGUGCGGCGUGUAUCCGGCCGGUGUAUACAGUCUGGGGUCGGUGUGUGUGGUGUAUACAGUGUAUCCGGUCUGUGUGUGCGGCGUGUAUCCGGCCGGUGUAUACAGUCUGUGGGGUCGGUGUGUGUGGUGUAUACAGUGUAUCUGGUCUGGUGUGUGCAGCGUGUAUCUGGUCUGGUGUGUGCAGCGUGUAUCUGGUCUGGUGUGUGCAGCGUGUAUCUGGUCUGGUGUGUGCAGCGUGUAUCUGGUCUGGUGUGUGCAGCCUGUGGGGUUGUGUAUACAGUGUGUAUCUCGUAGGUGUAUACAGUGUGUAUCUCGUCGGUGUAUGCAGCCUGUGGGGUUGGUGUAAGCAGUGUGUAUCUCGUCGGUGUAUGCAGCCUGUGGGGUUGGUGCAAGCAGUGUGUAUCUCGUCGGUGUAUGCAGCCUGUGGGGUUGGUGUAAGCAGUGUGUAUCUCGUCGGUGUAUGCAGCCUGUGGGGUUGGUGUAUGCAGUGUGUAUCUCGUCGGUGUAUAGAGCCUGUGGGGUUGGUGUAUGCAGUGUGUAUCUCAUCGGUGUAUAGAGCCUGUGGGGUUGGUGUAUGCAGUGUGUAUCUCGUCGGUGUAUAGAGCCUGUGGGGUUGGUGUAUGCAGUGUGUAUCUCGUCGGUGUAUAGAGCCUGUGGGGUCGGUGUAUGCAGCGUGUAUCUCGUCGGUGUGUGCAGCCUGUGGGAUUGGUGUAUACAGUGUGUAUCUCGUCGGUGUAUGCAGUGUAUCUAGCUGGUGUAUGCAGUGUGUAUCUCGUCGGUGUAUACAGCCUGUGGGGUUGUGUAUACAGCGUGUAUCUCGUCGGUGUGUGCAGCCUGUGGGGUCGGUGUAUGCAGUGUAUCUGGCUGGUGUAUACAGUGUGUAUCUCGUCGGUGUAUGCAGCCUGUGGGGUUGUGUAUACAGUGUGUAUCUCGUCGGUGUAUGCAGCCUGUGGGGUUGUGUAUACAGUGUGUAUCUCGUCGGUGUAUGCAGCCUGUGGGGUUGUGUAUACAGCGUGUAUCUCGUCGGUGUGUGCAGCCUGUGGGGUCGGUGUAUACAGUGUGUAUCUCGUCGGUGUAUGCAGUGUAUCUGGCUGGUGUAUACAGUGUGUAUCUCGUCGGUGUAUGCAGCCUGUGGGGUUGGUGUAUACAGUGUAUCUCGUCGGUGUGUGCAGCCUGUGGGGUUGGUGUAUACAGUGUGCAUCUCGUCGGUGUAUGCAGCCUGUGGGGUUGUGUAUACAGUGUGCAUCUCGUCGGUGUAUGCAGCCUGUGGGGUUGGUGUAUACAGUGUGCAUCUCGUCGGUGUAUGCAGCCUGUGGGGUUGUGUAUACAGUGUGCAUCUCGUCGGUGUAUGCAGCCUGUGGGGUUGGUGUAUACAGUGUAUCUCGUCGGUGUGUGCAGCCUGUGGGGUUGGUGUAUACAGUGUGCAUCUCGUCGGUGUAUGCAGCCUGUGGGGUUGUGUAUACAGUGUGCAUCUCGUCGGUGUAUGCAGCCUGUGGGGUUGGUGUAUACAGUGUGUAUCUCGUCGGUGUAUGCAGCCUGUGGGGUUGGUGUAUACAGUGUGCAUCUCGUCGGUGUAUGCAGCCUGUGGGGUUGUGUAUACAGUGUGCAUCUCGUCGGUGUAUGCAGCCUGUGGGGUUGUGUAUACAGUGUGCAUCUCGUCGGUGUAUACAGCCUGUGGGGUGGUGUAUACAGUGUGCAUCUCGUCGGUGUAUACAGCCUGUGGGGUGGUGUAGACAGUGUCUUUGGCUUUUCCUCCCCCUGUGAUGUCCCCUGGCAGCAGGUGUUCACUGAUUGGC